AUGACCGACGCCUGUUAUAAUUGUGGUCAACGAGGUCAUAUAGCUCGUGAUUGUAAACAAGGGUCGAAAGAUAAUUCUAAAGAUAAAGAGAAGCAAUCUACUGCYGGUGGUCGAGUGUUUACACUAUCUGCUGACAAAUCUACUUCGGGUAUGGUUUCUAGUACCAUUUCUAUUGAUGGUAGAGAUGCAUAUGUUUUAUUUGAUACAGGUGCUACACACUCGAUUGUUUCUGAAAACUUCGAAGAAAAUCUUAAAUCAUAUGAACAAUCCACUGAAUUUCCAUUACAUAUUACUACUCCCAUGGGUAGUUCAGUAUGUAUAGUUGGGCAAUUCCCAAACUGUCCGUUAUUUCUUGGCGAUCGAAUUCAGGAAGUUACCUUACUUCCAAUGAAAAUGGAUCACUUUGAUAUCAUCCUUGGCAUGGAUUGGUUGUCUAAACAUCGAGUGACCAUCGACUGCAAAGCCAAACAAAUCAUCUUCGGUGACGUCAAUAAACCCGAAUACGUGUUCCAGGGUGUUUCACAUGAGAAGGGAACUCGUGUAUCUCAGAAGUAA